AAAAAAACAUGAAAAUUAUAGCGUAAGGUUUUUUGUUGAACAUUUUCUUUGGUGUUUUUAGUGCAUCUAACGAUGCUUUCAGCUUUGCUUAUAAUUAUUGUCUGCUUCAUAGCGUCACCGAAUAUCAACAUUAACGCUCUACAAUGUCCAACAAGCUAGAAGGCAAGGUAGCCAUAAUCACCGGCGGAGCAAGCGGCAUCGGAGAAGCCACCGUCCAUCGUUUCGCCCUCAAUGGUGCCCGUAUGAUCGUGAUCGCUGAUAUCCAAGAUGAAUUAGGCCAAAAAGUAGUCGAAUCCAUCGGUUCAAAUAAGUGUUCAUACAUGCACUGUGAUGUUACCGAUGAAGAACAAGUAAAAAAUUUAGUCCAAUCGACGGUCCAAAACUACGGCAGCCUCGACAUCAUGUUCAGUAACGCUGGGACAGUUAGCAACUCAAUUCAAACCGUCCUUGAACUAGACUUUGCAGCGUUUGACCGCCUUUUCACCGUCAAUGUCCGCGGCAUGGCUGCUUGUGUGAAACACGCCGCACGAGCCAUGGUGGAACUGAACGUGAGAGGAAGCAUCAUUUGUACGGCGAGCACGAAUGCUAGCUGCGGUGGUGAAAGGGACACUGAUUAUAACAUGUCGAAGCAUGCGGUGAUUGGGUUGAUGAGAUCGGCAAGCAAACAACUUGGGGUGCAUGGGAUUAGGGUGAACAGUGUGUCGCCGUUCGUUGUGGGAACCCCAUUACUCUAUCGUUACCUGGGGACGGAGGCGGAGGUGGAGCAGGUGUUUGAGCCCUACGCACGGUUGAAAGGGGUGAUGCUGAAACCGAAGCAUGUUGCUGAUGCUGUAGUGUUUCUUGCGUCACAGGAUUCUGAACUUAUUACCGGACAUGACUUGGUGGUGGAUGCUGGUUUUCUUGUCAAGUAGACCACCAGGUCCUUAAUUAUUUUGAGUCAGUGAGCUGUGUCCCUCCUCAAAUAAGGCUAGCCCAUUUUGUGUUGGUUUGAACUUGUUUUAUUUUUGCAUAGAUGGUUCGAAAUAUCAUGUUGAAAAGUGACUAUACAGGUCGCCGGUAUCGAACCAUCGCAAUUGACUGCUCCUAUUGUAUAAGAAUGGCAGUGAUUUGCUUGAAGAGAUAAGUAAUAAUGUUGUGGACUUGGCACUAGAA